GACGAAUUUUGGGUUCAAAGAUGACGGCAAUAAGGUGGCUGUGACUAAACGUCACGUUUUAAUUGCAAACGCCACCGAGCGGUUUUGAACAUACACAGGUGACAGCGGCCAAUAAGCCGCCACUGGCAGUGAUAUUGUUUCCCUCUUGCAUUUGAGAUGAAACAGGAACCCGGGCAAUCUUGCCAAGCCGAAGCUUGUGCACUUCAAACAUGCCUUUCUGCACAUACCUACUCUCCGGAGAGAUGCGAUGCACAUCUUAAACAGCUCUAUCAAUGUUGCUCCAAGCUGUAUCAGGACCGCGCAGAGAAUAAUGGCACAGAACAUGUCAAAGGUUCCAACCAAGAAAGUAUAUCGACAGCGUGUCCAAUGCCGGGGGUAGUUGAGCGUUGGCUCAAGAACCACCCAUGAUGAUCGGCGAUAACGUUCCUGCAAAUUGAAUACGCGCCCAGACAUCCACUUCACACCAAUAGGGCUCAAGUUGCCCAUCGUUCGGAUGUGCCUGUCCGCAGAUGCAAGUGCUUUUGGACGGUCGAUCCUUGGUUAUGUUAGAAGCGUGUGAGGUCGACAUAUCAGGUGCUUCCUACUAGAUGUUGGCUAUGGUGGUUUUUAUUGCACAGCUAUACUGUUAUUAGGCGCUCAAAGGCACGCAUUACACUAAAUCUACCACCAUGGACUGAGGCUGUGCCACAGCUCGUCUCUUGCAGUUAGC